UCGAACACAAGGUUCGUUUAGCGCAAACAACAGCGAGUGAAUGCGGCAGAUGGACGCAUCGCGACGCGUCGGCCAGGAAUCUGGCCUGGAGCGGAAAACUUCUUCAACGGCGCGACGGCGACGUCCGCGUCGGCGAUUUGUAGUCGCUUGAUACGAAGGUAGACAUGCUGUAUAAACGGCAGUUAUUAGUCAACUGGCGCAUCGCGACUGUAACUGACUGAAAGCGCGCGUUUAAUAAAAAAAAAUAUAAGUAUAAACGCAUGAAGAAUAAUUUGCACUAAUAAUCUCGGUCAUUUCGCCUGCAAGGAAAAGCUUUUCCGUUUCGUUAAGGAAAAAGUGGCGCGGCGGAACUGUGAAGUUCGGAAGUGAAAGUUUUUUAAAGUUUCCCCGUUCGCGCGACUCCAUCACGAGAGCUCGUUGUUGUAAAGUGAUUUAAACUAAAAUCCGCUCUCUUUUAUAGUUCUACGUAAGAGUAAUAAUCUUCUGUUUGUCAUCCCUUCUUAAAACAUUUUAUUGCUUUACAACUUUUAGUGUAGGCAUAUAAAAUAAUCAUGAGAGAAAAUCGCGUUUUUUAAUUUGCAAUGUGCAUCAGUAACAUGUGAAGUAAUUUGCAAAAUGAACUGGUCGUUACCACGGGACUCUGACUCUGUGGUAAACGACAAUCUCCUGACAUGUGCCCGGAUCGGGGUUUCGGACAGCAUUCCCGAUAUAAUGUUCACCAACAUCGCCGCCAUCCCCAGCACCACGACCCAGUGCUCCUUCGGAAAAAACGCCACCGAUUUCUUCAUCGGUUGUGCAUCGUCAACUAUGAGUCUAUACUGUGAUGUUAGCAAAUUGAGCAACAGUGCCCUGUCGUGCACCAAGUGUCUCGCGAACGCUUCCGUGUGGUACAGUUUUGAGUGCGACACGCUAUUUAACGUUUCGGAUUUUGUGAACGACACCAACUGGAGUUGUGUAUCUUCGGACGAGGGUGCAUUUCGGUACAUACUCGCCGGUCUGAACGCAAAUAUUUCCAAUCAGUUGAAAUUUUACUACAAUUCUCAAAAUCAUCAGCAGCAAUACGAUUGGAGCUUUCUGUUUGUCGUGGUGUUCAUUAUUGCCGGAGGACUGGGAAAUAUCCUGGUUUGUUUGGCCGUACUUUUGGACAGACGGUUACAGAAUGUUACUAAUUACUUUCUACUGUCGCUCGCCAUUGCCGAUCUUCUUGUCAGUCUUUUUGUGAUGCCUCUGGGAGCCAUUCCAGGAUUUUUAGGUUAUUGGCCGUUCAGCGUGUUUUGGUGCAACGUUUACGUCACAUGUGACGUAUUAGCAUGUUCUGCGUCUAUAAUGCACAUGUGCUUCAUAAGCCUAGGUCGUUAUUUGGGCAUUCGGAAUCCAUUGAAAACUAGACAUAGUACAACCACCAAGACAAUCAUCCUAAGGAUAGCCCUAGUCUGGCUAUUAUCCAUGCUAGUGUCGAGCAGCAUUACGUUAUUGGGUAUAAUAAACCACGACAACAUAAUGCCUAGGCCCCGCGUGUGCGUAAUAAACAAUAGGGCCUUUUUCGUUUUCGGCUCCCUAGUGGCAUUCUACAUGCCCAUGGUGAUAAUGGUUGUGACAUACGUACUAACCAUACAACUGUUAAGAAAGAAAGCCCGUUUUGCCGCCGAGCACCCGGAAGCUGAUCAAUUCCGAAGACUUGGAGGACGUUUUCAUUUAAAACACGAAAGGGCCGCAACAACGCCAACAGCCACAGCGGCGACAAUAGCCGGCAUAUGGAGAUCUUUUGGAGGAAAUGAAAGAAUAUGCCUAAAUGGGGGAAAUGCUUCGAAUAUCAGCGGGCAGGUGAACAAAAGGGACCAGGGCACGCAAACGCCCCAAAAUAUAGCCCGUGAAACCAGGAAUUCCGCUCUAAGGUCUCUCAAAAUGCAACUCAACAACGUCCCCAGCAAUUUUAACCUCAAGAUGUUGACAGGACGAGUGAAGCGAAAAAAUAUAGCCAAUUCGGUGGCGACGGAACAACGAGCUUCCAAGGUACUGGGUUUGGUAUUUUUCACCUUCGUGUUGUGCUGGGGUCCCUUUUUUAUCCUCAACAUUAUCUUCGCAGCAUGUCCUGAAUGUCCUGUGCCCGAGCACGUGAUAGACGUUUGUUUAUGGUUGGGAUACGUCAGCUCCACCAUCAACCCUAUCAUUUACACGAUCUUUAACAGAACAUUCAGGGCCGCCUUUAUCAGACUCUUACUUUGCAAAUGUCACAGGUUAUCAAGACCGACACGAUAUAGAUCAGUAACUGAAGCAAGGGGUGCAGCUAGUUUGUGUAGGCCGUCGGCUUUACCUUUGGCCAUCAGUUUGCAAGGGACGCCACUGGUAACACCGGGCUCUGAAGAAACGUCUUACAUGGUUAUCAGGACAUCGUCCUCAAACUUCAAGGAUACGGACGAUUCACAGGACGAGGAUAUCUGACGAAAAACUGACGUUGGAACGCGAACGUUAAUAGGCCUUUUUUAAACAAACGUUAAACAAUCUAGGUUUGCAAAAAAAUAUUUUAGCAAAUUUCAUUCUUUCAUCAGAAUUUGUCUUUUAUAAACGCACACCGAAGAAGACGGGAACAAGGCAUGAUGAUGUUUCUUCUAAUGU